AUGAGAUGCAUAGAUGGGUAUCACAUGAUGGUAAUAUCCCAAUAUUUUUUAUCAAUGAGUGACUUCAUUAAUUUAGAACUGGUCUGUAAGAAGUUUAAAAAUAAUACGGUAAAGUUCCACUUCAACCCAAUACCCUUGACUAUAAAGACAUUAAAGUAUUUUACCAACAUAGAAACACUAAAUUUAUGGUCAACGGGUGAUGAAUCUUUUGGUAAUUUCGCGUCACAAAAUACUCAAGAUUUACACACAAAAGUCCAAUUUUACAAAAUAGUAGUUUGGUAUCCCGUCGACUAUGAAUUCUUUUUACUUCACAAAAACACGAACAAAGAUUUCAAAGUCGUCCGUUAUAAUUCAAACAAACGAAACUUUGAAAUUCCAAAAGAGGUGAAUAUAUUAUCAACGUUUACUAUGUCAUCUGUAACGAACACUGAAUAUCCACAAAGUGUGUUUCUCGAUAUACCCAGUCAAAUUAAAACACUUGAAAGAGUAUGUAGAGUGCAUGAAUUUACUUCACUCAUUAUUCCAACUACUCUUCGUUGUAUUGGAACGUAUUGUUUCAACUACUUCACAGCAUUGAAGCGCAUUGAAAUGCCAAAAUCAAUUGAACGCAUUGGGUACUUCUCUUUCUUCAGUUGCACUUCACUCACAGAAUUGGAAAUUCCUCAAAAUGUCAGAACAAUAGAAGAAGGCGCGUUUUGUUGGUGUGUUGAACUCGCCAAAUUGCAUUUUGACGAAGAAAAAAUUUGUGAGUUGUCGUUUGGAAACUCAGCAUUUUCUCGGUGUAAAUUUUUGAAAUUAGAAAUACCAGAAAACGUCACUCAAAUUGGAAAGUCUUGUUUUUCUUUGUGCACUCAAUUGUCUUCUGUGUAUUUGUUGGCAAAUAUAGUUCGUGUUAGUAAUAACCUCUUUUAUCAAUGUUCUGCUUUAAAACACGUCAAAUUAUCAGAAAAUAUAAUUGAACUUGGAAACAGUUGUUUCAAUCAGUGUAAAAGUCUUGUUGAAAUUAUCAUCCCAAGUGGAGUCACUAAAAUUGGAAAUCUGUGUUUUGGGGAGUGUCUUUCUCUGAUGGAAAUUAGUCUUUCUGCGCAGUUAAAAAAUGUUGGAGAAAGUUGCUUUGUGUGCUGUAAAAAUAUAAGAAGCAUUGCAAUUCCAAGUGGUGUGACUUAUCUCGAACAGAAAUGUUUCUUUUAUUGUAUAAAUCUGAAGAAAGUUGAAAUAACAAAAAAGACACAAAUAUUCGGAAAGUUCUGUUUUGCUAAUUGUAGAAAACUCGAGGAAAUAAACGGAUUAUAUGAGAAGGUAUUAGUUGGAAAAAAUUGCUUUCUGAAUUGCAAAUUGUAUGAAGACAAACUUUGGUUAUUUCCAAAGAGCUUGGAGGACUGUUUAAGUUAUAAUAAAACUUAUUCAAUGGUAUUUUAA